AUGGGCGAGAAUCCCAAUUUAAUGGAGCAGCGUGAACGCAUUGACAAUGCGCUCAUCAAUGCCGUCGACGACAUGGAUCGGGAGCAUUUGCGCAAACUGCAGCUGACGAUGCACGGAUGUGCCAAACGCUGUUGUGCCGAUAUGAACGCCAGUGCGGAUGCGGUACAGCGUUGCGUUGAUCGCUGCCAAAUGCCGCUGACGCGCGCCCGCUGCUAUGUGCAACAGGAGCUGGCCGAGUUCGAGUCCCAGCUGGAGGAUUGUCUGCGCCAGUGUCAGUUGCCCGGCGAAGAUGAUAACUGUGGCGGGCGUGUCGAGCGCUGCUCCUUGGACUGUGUGGAUAAGUAUGUGGCGCUAUUGCCGGAAUUAUUGAACGCGAUGCGCAUGGAACUGGAGAAGGGCCUAUAA